UAACAUAUAAACACUGAGAGAUACACUUCAUAAUAUGUUUGUUGACUGUCUCAGUGACACGGCUGAUAUCAGUCAGCUCAGGUUUCAAACUACACACACACACACACACACACACACACACAAAGAAGCAGGUUAAUAGCUGGAUCAUAUAUCUUCAUUCAGGACUGCACACAGUUAAGCAGUCAGUUUCAUUUUGUGUUAAUGGUCAGUAGUUGAGUGUUAUAAACACCAUGAGGAUAAAGUAUGACGCAGUAACGCAGUAAAGUUGCAAGUUUAGAUUACCACGCAGGUGCCACAAAACCAAUCACAAUUGGAUUAAUUUCAGUAUGAGUAUAACAUCAACUAUCGGCAAUAAUAAAAUGGUGUGCUUCUUGAAAGUAUUAUUCAAAAGCUGUUAGCCAGGCAAACUUAAAUUACCAGACUUUUCAAGGGAGUCUGGUGACAUAAGCAUGAGACACAAACUCUACACAAACUCACAAUUUUCUUGUUAGGAAAGCUCACUGAUCUGUUAUUAUAGAGGACUGCAGUCAGUGGAAAGACACACAACCAGUGUUUUCUCUACCGUACUGACCUCCUGUCCUGCAUUACUGCAAAUAGUAAAAAUUAAAAGACGAUACAAUUUUAUAUCAACAAAGGUAAACUGAUCAGAUUUCAUUCUGUUUGUGCGGCCUGUUUCCUGUUUUUGUAGACAAAAGGAGAAGUUUUGCUCCCAUGUAAACUGAGAGGAACAGACGCAUGGGAAAACACCGUGUUCCCUCUGACACUAAAUAUCUGAACUUUUACUGCCUGCCAAGAUUUUAUGUGAAAAGAACAGAACAAGACAAGAUGAUAAAGUAUUCAGCAAUGUAGAAGAGAGCAAAAAUAAAACUAUUCUUCAAAGAAACUGGGUACAAUGUCACUGAUCAAAGGUUUGAAUGCUCUCUCUCUCACACACACACAAUCAUACACACACACACACACACCACCACCCUGCCCUGCCAUCUGAUUGGCUGUGACACGUGAGACCAGGAGGCACUCCCACAGGCAGGUGAAGCAGCAGAGGAUCAGGCUGCAGGGUCAGUUCACCUCUCUCAGUUCUCACGGCGGCAGACAAACAGAAAGGACAGCAGGACAGGCGGGCGUGAUGACAGAACAAUGUGUAAACCAGCAGAUAUCGCAUGAAGAUGCCAGGAAAUGUAACAGAAGAGCUGCAAAGCAUGAGGAAAGGGAUUAUCAUUCAGAUGUUGAAAAUGCGGAGGAGCGGCACAGAUAUGAGAGGACGAUCAGUGAGCCUCUGCGUGCCGUUGAUCCGGAGCAACAGGAGCUCUCAGGCAGAAGGAAACCAGCAUUAGUCAGGUCAAAGACAUUCGACCAUUCCCUGCUGACCCAGGUCCAGACAGAAUCAGACCCCAAGAUAGAGAGGAAAAAGUCUCACUACAGCCAGCUUUCGAAGAGCAACUGCCAGUACCAUAAAAUAUUUAAGGAAAUCAGCAAGGAGGAGCAGCUCAGACAGAGUUACACCUGUGCUCUGCAGAAAGACAUCCUCUACCAGGGCCGAAUGUUUGUCUCUGAUCACUGGAUCUGCUUCCACUCCAAGGUGUUUGGCAAAGACACAAAGAUCGCCAUCCCAGUAAUAUCCGUCACUCACAUCAAGAAGACCAAAACUGCCAUCCUGGUGCCAAACGCGCUGGUGAUCGCCACCGCAAAUGACAGGUACGUGUUUGUGUCCUUCAUGUCCAGAGACAACACCUACAAGAUCUUGAUGUCAGUCUGUAUUCAUCUGGAGGAGAAGAGUCCAUGCAGCAGCCCCAUCCCAUCCUCACUUGAAAGCAGCUUUAGAAGUCAGAGGUCACCUCUAUCGCCUCGCUUUCCACUGAGUUUUACAGGUGAUUUCAGCGAUCUGGACGGGGCAGUGAGACAGAGGAGGCAGGAGAUGGAGGAGAGCAGCAGCUCUGACUCCCAAAUAGCAGAUAACUAUAAGAUAGCAGAGUUUUCUGUUCCUCCAUUUAUGGAUGUGUUAAAGCACACCAACAGCGCAGCUCCUCCUGAACAUCCAGACCAUCAGCAAAAAGUGAAUAACCAGCUUCAGAACCAGCCGAGCUCAGAAAACAAGCAGCACGAAGCACACCAUGCCGGCUCAGAGCUGGCGAUUGACAGCAGACCUCUGAAACCAGUUUCUCUCAACACCGUGCUGUUUGUAUACCUGUUUCUAGUCUGUGUCCUGGUCUUGUCUUCCUGUUACCUCGCCUUCAAGAUCAUCUCAUUGGAACAGAGACUGACGACGCUCGGCUCCGUCAGCGAGUUCACCCACCAGGAAAAUGAUUUUCUGCAGGGAAGCGAUGGGAACGCAGAGCUUUUCUCUGAACUAUUGACCAUCAAUCUGAUGAAGCUAGAGAAGGUGCAGAAAAACCUGCAGAGACUGCUGGAUGAAGCUGCCUGAUGUGCUGGAAGCCAGUAUAUUAUAAAUGUAAACAAACUGUAGACAUACUGUAUAGUUCAUUAUAGUGGAUGUUGCAACCUGACAGUACUAAUAUGUAUUAAUGAUAAGCUAAAAAAAAAGAAGAAGCUGUGUCUCACUUCCCUCUGAGGUGGAAAGUUUCCCCUGUAACCACACCCAACAGUGAUGUCAUUAUGUACUGGCACAUCAUGGAGUGCACGUCUCCAUCAGAGCAGCAAGGUGAGAAGUUAAACUACUGCAGGUCAGAGAAAACACGAUUAUCAGCUGAUGAUAAGUAGCUCUAAUUACAGGCCAACCUGUGUUUAACAUUCCAUUGGUUGAUUAGAAAUCAAACCUGGCAGAAUUUUAAAUACAGUAUUGUAAUAGUAUUGCAUCUGCUUGAUGUAAUAGAAAUAGUAGUAUUUUUUUAAAGGGUCUGACAUUUCAAGAGAUCACCUUCUAAAGCAAGUGAUAUUAGUUGUUAUAUUUUUGUCUCUGGCACAAAAUGUACUUUCUCAGUUACUGCUGUGGUAUUUACUUUAAGUUGUGAACCAGUGGCGUCACUAGGCCUAUUUUAGGGGGGCUUCAGCCCCCCUAAAAUAUUCUCAAGCCCCCCUAAACAAAAUUCAGUGCGUCAUUAUACAAUCUAUUCCACUUUUUCAUAUAGAGAACGCCCACAUCACUGAAAUUCCAGUCCAU